CCGACUCGUUCUGUUUCGCAGAGGAGGGUUGUGAGCAGGUGUGGGACAGAGAGACCGACAGGCUGCAGGUAAAACACAUCGACUGAUUCUCACCUGGUCGCCGGACUGUCGACGGGAUUUCACCUUUCCUACCAGCUGCAUUGGAUGACACCGGACAGCGAUCAGCAGCGCUACCAUGCCGUCUCUGCGACACUCCUACACGGUGACGGUACCGGGGGAACCGGCCGCUUUGUCCUUAGACGAUCCCGACCAGCGGCGGAAGAGCCCGCCGUUGUCCCGGUCCAAGCUGGCGUCCACAUUCAUGGGUCUGAUCAUCAACCAGGCCAAGAAUAAGAGUCCUCAAGGCCUGGUGGGACUGAGGAACCUGGGCAACACUUGUUUCAUGAACUCAAUCCUGCAGUGUCUGAGUAACACCCCAGAGCUGAGAGACUACUGCCUGAGAAACGUCCAUCGCAUAGACCUCAACAACAACUGCAGGACGAAUGCUGCUCUGAUGGAAGAGUUUGCAAAGCUGACUCAGAACCUGUGGACUUCUGUGAACAACGAGGCCAUCAGUCCUUCAGAUUUCAAGAGCCAGAUCCAGAGAUACGCUCCCAAAUUCGUGGGCUGCAAUCAGCAGGACGCCCAGGAGUUCCUCCGCUUCUUAUUGGAUGGUCUCCAUAAUGAAGUGAACAGAGUGACAGUCCGCCCUAAGGUGUCCAUCGAGGACUUUGACCACCUCUCGGACGAUGAGAAAGGAAAGCGGAUGUGGAACAUGUACUUGGAGAGAGAGGACAGCAAAGUAGUUGAUCUGUUUGUCGGACAGCUGAAGAGCUGUGUGACCUGCGCCGUCUGUGGCUUCUGCUCCACCGUGUUUGAUCCAUUCUGGGAUCUAUCCAUACCUGUUGCACAGAAGAGCUCAGGUGAAGUGACUCUCAAAGACUGCUUGAGGCUCUUUACCAAAGAGGAUGUGCUGGAUGGGGAGGAGAGGCCGACAUGCAACGGAUGCAAAGCCAGAAGGAAAUGCACCAAAAGAUUCAGCAUUCAGAAGUUCCCUCAGAUCCUCGUGCUUCACCUGAAGCGUUUCUCCGACUCUAACGUCCGAGCCAGCAAACUCUCCACUUACGUCAACUUCCCCCUCAAAGAGCUGGACCUGCGGGAGUUCGCCUCUGAGAGCAGCGAGCGUGCUGUGUAUAACCUGUAUGCAGUAGCCAACCACUCUGGAAACACUUUGGGGGGCCACUACACUGCCUACUGCAGGAACCCGGCGCUGGGGGAGUGGUACAGCUACAACGACUCCAGGGUGAGCCCAGUGUCCUCCAGCCAUGUUCGCAGCAGCAACGCCUACGUCCUCUUCUACGAACUGGCCCCCUCCCCAAACAGCAAAUAUCAGACGUGUCGGCUUUAGACGCUGCAGAGGGGUGAUAAGCUGUGCCAGACUGGGCCUAAAAAUGGAGUGAGACGACACUGCCUGCUGUGAGAGAGCUCCGCCUAGUGGAGAGAGUACUGCCAUUACAGACUGUGAGCGUGCUGCACAGAGACGUGCAGCUGUGAAGGAAGACCCUCCGACCGUCCUCACGAGGGCGCUCGUGAAAGCACGUUCAGGAGUCCAAGCUGAGCUCAGAAGUUGGGCGGAAGUGAAGAGAAAAUAAGAUUUCCAUUGUCAAAAAAGAGGAGAUAUUCAGCUCAGGGCUCAGCUGUGAGGCAAACUGUUUCUGGAGUAUGAGAGGACUCCUCCUCUUCUCUUCUUCUUUUAUCUCCAGAAGAAGACAGCUGUGCCCCGACCUGAAUCUAAACCCACUCGAGUGGAUUCUUGAUGCACUUUGAACCUGGAAUAUUAAUCUUGAGGACAUUACAGAUCCUUGAAAAUUGCCUCACACACCAACUGCAAGAUCUAAUUUAUUGUAUUUAACAUAAUGCCAGUAAGUGAAAGUGCAUCGUGUUUAUGUCAUUUAACAAAGCCUUAUGGUUUCCUCUUAGAACAGUGGAAAUCCACCAGUGGAAACAGGAUGUUUUAUGUCGAAGCACAUUUUAUUUUUGUACAGUAUUUAUGCACAGCGCAGUGAAUGUAACUGUACCGUGGAAACACCAGAUAAACCAAAGCAGCUGUGUAAAAAUGCGUCAACAAUACUUCUUCCAGCAAUAAUGUUGCUGACUUUGCAUCUCAAGUCAGUUCCGACUCUAUAAAUGAUUAAAAUUCAAUGUUA